AUGGCCCGGGUUACCGCUCUCAAAAGACAGAACCCUUUUCUUAGGGUUAAUAUUGCACUUGGAGGUUGGACAUUCAACGAUCCUGGGCCAACAGCUACGACCUUUUCAGACCUUGCGGCUUCUGAAGAUAAUCAAAGAAAAUUUUUCAAGUCACUUACUUCUUUCAUGGCAACCUACGAUUUCGACGGUGUGGAUCUUGAUUGGGAAUACCCAGUUGAUACCGAUAGAGGUGGUCGGCCAGAGGAUUUCGAAAAUUUUCCAAGAUUUAUGGCCAAUCUGAAAAAGGCUCUAAAGUCAACUGGCGGAAGAGAAGAAGUUAGCAUUACUCUUCCAGCUUCCUAUUGGUAUUUGCAACAUUUUGAUUUGAAGAAUCUAUCUCCGCAUGUCGAUUACUUUAAUAUAAUGUCCUAUGAUCUGCAUGGAACCUGGGAUAAAGGAAAUAAAUGGACGGGAAAUUUCUUGAAUGCCCAUACAAACCUUACGGAGAUUGAACUAGCCUUAGAUCUGAUAUGGAGAAAUGACAUCGACCCUAGCAAUGUGGUGAUGGGCCUGGGGUUUUAUGGGAGGGCAUUCACGGUCCAGGACAAGAAUUGUGUCGAACCAGGCUGCCUAUUUGCAUCUGGAUCGGAUCCUGGUCCCUGUAGCAGGGAGCCCGGUGUUCUCCUAAAUAGUGAGAUUGACGAUAUAAUGCGCAGUAAAAACAUUCAACCAACAUAUGAUGAAGACGCCGCCGUCCAAAUUUUGACAUGGGACGACCAGUGGGUUACUUUUGACGACGAUACGACUCUGAGGGUCAAAACGGGCCAUGCUCGCCAGCGCUGCCUGGGCGGGGUCAUGGUGUGGGCUGUCAGUCAUGAUACGGCGGAUAAUAAAUACGCAAAAGCUCUCAGUGACGCUGUUAAGCCCUCAUUUGGGAUUUUCCUUCCUAUCGAAGACGAGGACGGAGACACUAUCAUCACGGUCCGCGACCCAGUCCAACAAUGUAAAUGGACUGCCUGCGGUGAAGUGUGCCCCCGUGGAUACCAUGUUGUCGACCGAUUGGACAAAGAAGCCAGGCGCGACGAGAUAAUGCUGGAUCAAAGCGCCUGCCCACGCGGUUCUGUCCAUACAUGGUGUUGUCCGAAUGACUGGGGUACGGUAGAGUGUGGGUGGUAUCAGCAUAAUAACGGCAAAUGCUCGAGCACAUGUCCGCUGGGUGCGAUCGAAAUCGGCUCGAAUUCAAUGUACUGCAACAACAGAGAAUACCAGGCGGCAUGUUGCAAGGUUGGAAAGCGAAGCUUAGAACUUUACCAAAAUCUGGAAUGGUCCAAACGCCCUAAUUGUGAUGAUGGAUUAUGCCCCUUUAUUAAUCAGAUAAAAAGUCAAGUUCUAGCUCGGUCGCGGACUGGAAGUGGCGGGGCCACCUGCAAUACCAGGUGGGUCAGGACGGGCCGUUUUCCCGAAUUCGAGGGCUGGGAAUCGAGAGCGCUUUGUUAUGGCACCCGUGACCCAGGAAAGCUUGAGGAUUGUGUCGGAAAUGAAUUUACUGGAGGCAACAAUCCAGGCCACUCAUCCCUCUUCUGCGAUUCAGGAUGCCCGGGUGACAAAAUCAGGGUGGCUAUGGACACUGAGGCCCCCGGUUGCGAAAAACACGGCGGUGCAAACUCCGUCUGCUGUCGACCUUCACUCUACGUUGAACACUCGAAGGUGAACCCCGAGAUAAGUGAUUUCCGUGAUUCCCUAGACCGGUAUCUGGACAACGAACAAUGCCCCGUGAGAGGCCCGUUUGACUUGCAUGCCACCAAUGAUGGUGAUUCGGCAAUGCUAAAGCUCAAGCGAGACCUAGGGCUCCCAAGAGAUUUGGACCUACUAGUCACCACGUUAUGGGAACUCUUACAAACACCUAUCCAUACUGCGGUGCAAAAGCGACAGGCUUCAGAUUGGGACACGAGAGUUGGGACAAAAUACCCCAACCUCCUCAUAGCGAGGCUCAAGGUAUUCCUCGUAGGCUCGGUCGUUUGGAAGCUCAAAGGAUCGCUAUACGCGGUCUAUAACUUCUUGUGUGACCUGCCAGGUUUCAAUGAACAGUUUGACGGGCGCAAAGUAUGCAAGUGCGGUGGUGAUAUUUGUGACUUUGGUAUCCAGGUGUGCUCCCCGGAAGACGACGAAAACCACCCACCUGCCAGGCCCCCGCAGAGUGCUCUAGGUGAGGCUCCGAGUUCAGAACCGCAGAAGCGACAUCAACCUAGGAAGUUACAGAAGCGCGCUGAGGUAAAAGAAUACAAGGCGUAUUGCCCAGACGGAAGUUAUCACACCCUGCAAGUAACGGCUAAAGAAUAUCCUUCUGCUGGAGACUGGGGUUUCAACCACGAAAUAUGGGGGCGUGUGGUGGAUCUAGCGGAUCUUACGGACUGUGGCAAUCCGGACGUCAGCAUAUAUGGUACCGCCCCGGAUAAUGAGUAUCACACGGAGCAUAUUUUUGAAAUCCAGACAAUCGCCCUAUUUUUUGAGGCCGCGAGUCAGGGGAAAUAUAUCGACGGGACAGAUGGUGGUUAUACGCGAAUAGACUGUGACUUUUUCCUGACUUUGGAGACCAUGCUCAUUGACCAAGAUGAACCCGCAACGUUCCCUGGAGGUCUGAGUACCCCUUACCCAAGCGAGAGGAUUAUGGAUACAUUGGGUUCUUCGGACAACAGCGAGCAUUUUUGGCUGCUCCAACGAGGUAUUAAUGGAAUGAAAGCGCUCGUCUGGGCGAACAAAGUUCCACAACACGACCGCAUGCAAGCUUUGGUCGAUAAUGUGGAUGAUCCUUGGCCAGCCAUCAUUAGUAUCCAGUCUAUCAUCGCGGUGUUUUCGUAUCUGAACAACGCGGCAGUCCACGACUCGUUUACUACACUUGCAAAUAGGAUUCGAGGAGUAUUCGAGCUGAUUCAAACCGCGUAUGAGGCGAAGACGACGAAAGAGGUGAAGCUAGUAGAAGCAUGGGACGCUUUCUUCUUGGAUCUCUUGGAGGGCAUGGAAUCGGUCGCCUUCAAGUUUGCUGACCAUUGGAUCAGGGAGAUGCUCCGCCUGUGGGAUACGCCACCUCCGCCGAAUCCUGACUGUGCCAUAGCGGUCGUUGCCGACCUCGAGAAGCUAAAAGGAUCCUUGGGCGGAAUGAUACUCCGCCAGGCAACAAACAAGACCAGGUUCUGCAUCUCAUCCAGAAAGUGGUGGCAUGGAAUGGAGGGACUCGCCAGCAGAAAGGUCCCACCCGAUGCGAUGGCGAAGAGAAAGAGAGAGGAUGCCGCCACCCCAGUCGAUUCCAGCCCGCGCAAGACCCUCAAGUCAGACGUCGUGGACGGGGUCACGGUUCAGAUCGUGACAGGCUCAUACGAGCGAGUCCUACACGGCAUUACUGCAACGAUUCCGCGAAUUUCCCUUCAGGGCCCAGCGCAUAAACCCGAUGCAAUCCAAUUUCUUGACACCUUUCUCUACCAUGCACAUGCUUCCGCUAUCCGCUGUCUCGCUCUCAGCCCCAUGUCCGACGAUGCGUCUCAGUCGCGAAACGUGAUCCUGGCCAGCGGCGGAAGCGACGAGCGCAUUAACCUCUAUACUCUCUCGGCCACUUCAGCCCCGACGGACGAUAGGUUCCCCUCCAUUCCAACAUUGGCGGGAAAUAAAAUACUGGAAAACCCCAAAAACCGCGAGCUGGGUUCGUUGCUUCACCACUCCUCCGCCAUCACCGCGUUAUAUUUCCCUACAAGAUCCAAAUUGCUAGCUUCGGCCGAGGAUAACACUAUCUCUAUCACAAAAAUCAGGGACUUGUCGGUCGUGUCUACCAUCAAAGCUCCGCGACCGAAAGCGACUGGUAGACCGAGCGGAGAUACCGCGCCGGCCGGCGGAGCUCCAGCAGGCGUCAAUGACUUUGCCGUCCACCCGAGUAUGAAGCUCAUGCUCACUGUCGGGAGAGGCGAAAAAUGUAUGAGGCUCUGGAAUUUAGUGACGGGGAAGAAGGCUGGGGUUCUAAAUUUUGGACGAGAUGUUUUGGAGACUGUCAAGGAAGGCAAAUGGAGCAGUGGCGAAGGGAGAAGAAUUGCUUGGGAUGCUGCGGGCCAGGAAUAUGCUGUAGCCUUUGAGCGCGGUGUUGUGAUUUUUGGCAUAGACUCGGUGCCCAAGUGCUACGCUCUCCCAUCUCCGCUGACCAAAGUCCAUCAAAUCAAAUAUGUCCAAGCUAGCGGCGAUAAGAAGAAUUCGCCAAGCGAAUUUCUUGCUGUAUCAACCGAGGAUGGGCGGAUACUGUUCUACUCUUCUGGCCUAGAUUCAGUGCCCCAGGUGGACCGGAGCAAUGGCAAACCUUCAGUUCCUGCGGCCGCGUUGUGCUACCAGUUGGAUGGUAAGGAAAAGGGCCAAUUGUCCAGAGUCAAGGAUUUUGAAUUCUUACCGACCGCGGAGUCUCGCCCCGGUGAGCCACGCAGCUUGAUUGUUGUCACCGCUGGAAGCGAUGGCGUAGUCAAGCUCUGGGCCCUCGAUCCGAAGCAGCUGAGCCGUAAAGAGAAACCCAAGGUUCCGGCUGAGAAAAAGGCGAAAAAGGAAAAGCCCGCCGACCAAGGGCCUGAAAAUGUCGGGUGGUUGCUGGGAACAUAUGAAACCGGAAAUAGAAUUACGUGCCUGAAAGCGUUUGUUCUAGGCAAGGCUACGGAGGAUGAAGACGAGUUUGAUGGGUUCAGUGGGCUGUCGGACGAUGCGGAGGACGAGUCGGGGUCAAGUGGUGAAGAAAGCGAAGCCUGA